AUGUUACAGAAACAGAUCAGUGUAAAAGUCAGCUGCAAAACAUCUCGAGAAUUAUUCAAACCUAAUGGAAACUGUCUAAAGUGGGUUCAUGAGUGUUUGAUGGAUGUGAAUUAUAUUUUUUCUGACUUCUCUACAAACACGGCGUCUCUGGACAUCACAGCCUGUGGAAUUUAUCUUCUUAAUAGACGAUACCCGAGGCAAAAGUAUCUCACGGCCAAGCUGAACCCGCGUGCUGUCAGUGUACUCGGCAAAUUGGCAAGUAAAGGUGUAUGA